AUGAUACCUUCCGAAAUCCGUCACUUGCAACAGAACCUCAAAAAUAAUGCAGCCAGGAACGAUGCUAUUAACCAUAUGGUUCAAUUCUGCAAUAAAAAAUGCUACAUGCUAGGACACGUAUUCUGUGGAAGUGGACUCCAACGAACAUGCUCAAGGAAAGAUCAACGAAGCAUGAUACUGGACUGGGCACUUAUUGAUAUAAGAAAGCGCGGAGCAAGCCCACAGCUCUUCGAUUACGGCAGGGGUGUUCAAAGUGGGAAGAUCGAGCGGAUUCAUUCAUGGUUUCUGGGUAGUCUCCAGCAAUUCAAGAUUUCGGAAGUACAAGAUCCUUCAGAUGAGAGCAAACAAAAUCGCGUUUUAACAUGGGAGCAAUGCAUCGUCUCACCACCUGCCAAGCUAUUCGCCGAGCCUGGAGAUUCUGGAUCCUUAGUUUGGCAGAUCGACGGGCGUUUUGCUGGUAUUCUUCAUGCAGGAGGUGUGAGGUCCGACACGUGCUACAUCACUCUAAUUGAGGAUGUUUUCUAG